GGAAGUGCCCUGGGGCCGACGGGGGUGCUUCCGGCCUGGCCGUCUGCGCUUUUGUCCCGCCGGCGGCCGGGCUCCCUCGGCGCCGCCACAGCCAUGUCACAUUUGAAGAGGAACACUGAGGAUGAGGAAUCAAUUGAAACAAAUGAAUAUGUUGGAAAUCAAGACUAUAAGUGGCCCAAAGUGGAAGGUCUUCACAAGGAUCAUAAGCAAGAAUCAAAGAUUGGUGAAGUUUGUGAUUGGAAUAGCAAGGUGGAGAAUCCAUUGGAAGAGUCCAAGGGGAAAAGAAUGAAGGGAGACCUAAGUGGCACUGUGGAAAAGAUUGGCAAAACUGAGAACAUGGCAAAUAUAAAGACAGAACAGGAAGAUGAGGCAUCUGAGAAAAGCUUACACUUGAGGUCAAAGCCUGUUACCCACCAGACUACUCCUACAGAACAGAAAAGCAAUGAACAAAGCAAUUGCGUGGAGAACAUUAAUGGAAACUCUUACAGCAGUCUACAGCAGAAAACCAGUGCUGUUAAGAAAUCACAUAAAUGUGAUGAGUGUGGGAAGUCCUUCAAAUAUAACUCCCGUCUUGUUCAACAUAAAAUUAUGCACACUGGAGAAAAACGCUAUGAGUGUGAUGACUGUGGAGGGACUUUCCGAAGUAGCUCCAGCCUGCGAGUCCACAAGCGCAUCCAUACUGGAGAGAAGCCGUACAAGUGUGAUGAGUGUGGGAAAGCUUACAUGUCCUAUUCCAGCCUUAUAAACCACAAAAGCACCCAUUCUGGGGAGAAAAACUGUAAAUGUGAUGAGUGUGGGAAAUCUUUCAAUUAUAGCUCUGUUCUGGACCAGCAUAAAAGGAUCCACACUGGAGAAAAGCCCUAUGAGUGUGGUGAGUGUGGGAAGGCCUUCAGAAAUAGUUCUGGUCUCCGAGUCCACAAAAGGAUCCACACAGGGGAGAAACCUUAUGAAUGUGACAUCUGUGGGAAAACUUUUAGUAACAGCUCUGGUCUGAGGGUCCACAAAAGGAUUCAUACAGGUGAGAAGCCCUAUGAAUGUGAUGAGUGUGGGAAGGCCUUUAUUACUUGCAGGACACUUCUAAACCAUAAAAGCAUCCACUUUGGAGAUAAACCGUAUAAAUGUGAUGAGUGUGAGAAAUCCUUUAAUUAUAGUUCUCUCCUCAUUCAGCAUAAAGUCAUCCACACUGGAGAGAAACCUUAUGAAUGUGAUGAAUGUGGCAAGGCCUUCAGGAACAGCUCGGGCCUCAUAGUGCAUAAAAGGAUUCAUACAGGAGAAAAACCUUAUAAAUGUGAUGUCUGUGGCAAAGCAUUCAGCUAUAGCUCAGGCCUUGCCGUUCAUAAGAGCAUUCACCCAGGGAAGAAAGCUCAUGAAUGUAAGGAGUGUGGCAAAUCCUUUAGUUAUAACUCCCUUCUUCUUCAACAUAAAACUAUUCAUACUGGAGAGAGACCUUAUGUAUGUGAUGUGUGUGGGAAAACUUUCAGAAACAAUUCAGGCCUCAAAGUCCACCGGAGACUUCAUACUGGGGAAAAACCAUACAAGUGUGAUGUGUGUGGGAAAGCCUAUAUCUCACGCUCUAGCCUUAAAAAUCACAAAGGUAUCCAUCUUGGAGAAAAACCCUAUAAAUGCAGCUAUUGUGAGAAGUCCUUCAACUACAGCUCUGCCCUUGAACAGCAUAAAAGGAUUCAUACUAGGGAGAAACCCUUUGGGUGUGAUGAGUGUGGAAAAGCCUUCAGAAACAAUUCAGGCCUUAAAGUACAUAAACGAAUCCACACUGGGGAGAGACCUUACAAAUGUGAAGAAUGUGGGAAAGCAUACAUCUCACUCUCAAGCCUUAUAAAUCAUAAAAGUGUACACCCUGGGGAGAAGCCCUUUAAGUGUGAUGAGUGUGAAAAAGCCUUCAUCACAUACCGAACCCUUAUAAAUCACAAAAAAAUUCAUCUUGGAGAGAAGCCCUACAAAUGUGAUAUGUGUGAGAAAUCUUUUAAUUACACUUCACUUCUUUCUCAACACAAAAGAGUACACACUAGAGAGAAACCCUAUGAAUGUGACAGAUGUGAAAAGGUCUUCAGAAACAACUCAAGCCUUAAAGUUCAUAAAAGAAUACAUACUGGGGAGAAGCCCUAUGAAUGUGAUGUGUGUGGAAAAGCCUACAUCUCACACUCAAGCCUUAUUAAUCAUAAAAGUACCCACCCUGGCAAGACACCCUAUACAUGUGAUGAAUGUGGUAAGGCUUUUUUUUCAAACAGAACUCUCAUAAGCCAUAAAAGAGUCCAUCUUGGGGAGAAACCCUUUAAGUGUGUUGAGUGUGGGAAAUCUUUCAGUUACAGCUCUCUCCUUUCUCAGCACAAGAGGAUCCAUACAGGGGAGAAACCCUAUGUAUGUGAUAGGUGUGGGAAGGCAUUCAGGAACAGCUCAGGCCUCACAGUGCAUAAAAGGAUCCACACAGGUGAAAAACCCUAUGGAUGUGAUGAGUGUGGGAAGGCAUACAUCUCACAUUCAAGUCUUAUCAACCAUAAAAGCAUUCACAGUGGGAAGCAGCCCUAUAAUUGUGAGUGUGGAAAGUCCUUCAAUUAUAGAUCAGUCCUUGACCAGCAUAAGAGGAUCCACACUGGAAAGAAGCCAUACCGAUGUAAUGAGUGUGGGAAAGCAUUUAAUAUCAGAUCAAAUCUCACUAAGCAUAGAAGAAUCCAUACUGGAGAAGAAUCUUUAAAUGUGACAAAUGUGGAGAGUCAUCAGUGUAGCACAUCCCAGAUGAGGAUCUACGAGGGAGGGAUUGCUUUGGCUGGGACCAGGAUGAGGAUGCCUCUGUGGGAGGCAGAGCUUACCAAGUCUCAAAGAACUCAUAUGGAAGAGAAACCAUAUGAAUGUAAGAAUUUCUGAGGUCCUUAUUCACAGCUUAUAAUUUUCAUAGUAUCAAUGAAACCAUUCUAGAUAUAAGUAACUUUCUGUGAUUUUUCACUCGGCCAGUAAGGAAGGGUCCAGUGUCAAGAUAGUUGAGCCCUUUUGGAAUAUAAAAUAGUCCUCAAUGGGAAUUUAAAGUAUCAAAGCAGUGGAAUAUUUUUAAAUUCUAAAAAUGAGCAGAUAUUUUUUAACCUAAAAUUUGCAUAUGAAGAAAGGACUCCCAACUAGAAAUCACAGUCACCUUCAGAUAGUUCAUACUUGAGUACAUUUUGUGAGUAGAAAUGGAGGUAAUUCAGGUGUAUCUUUGAAUCCCAAUUGUAUCUUGGUCAGUAGAAAAAAAAUCUAAGAAGGGCCUCAAGGCAACAGGCAAAUUCAGGGAGAGAUAGGCUUCAGGGAAUAGAAAUUUAUUUACUAGUGAACAUGAGUUAUACACAAUGUAAUUGAAUGGUUUAGGGGAGGUGGAUAACCACUUCUGAAACAGAAUUUGGAUUUCCUUGUAGGAAAAGUAAAAAAGCUUAGACUAUUAUAAAUCUAACCUGAAGUAAGAGAGAGUCACUUAUUAAAAAUGCAAAUUGAAUGUACUAUGCUAAUACUCCAGUUGAAUGGGUGAGACUUUUAAAGUUUCAAAUGAACUCCUUCAAUGAAUGAUGAAUGUGUGAUAAAUGAAAACUUAGUAUUCAUACAUUACAAUAAACCAGUAUGUCAUGGAGGGAAUUUUGGCACCUGUAAUAGUUAAUGGAACACAUCUUCAACAUGAAUUUGCACCUUACAGAAAGAAUUGAUUCAGGGAUUCCAAUGAGUGGGAAUGCUGUGGAGGACAGCAUUUUAUUACAAGAGUUAAAAUGCUAAGUAGCUACCAAUAAUUGAGAGAGAUUAGGAAAUCUGUGUUUUUUUAUUCUUCUGUUAAGUGUUUGUUUUGGAAUUUGUUGUAAAGAUUUCAUGCACACAUAUGUACUGUAUAUUGUUUGUCGUAAAAUAUGAAUACUUUGUUCAGGGCUCACUCUGUCAUAAAGGCCAGAUAAGGUGGCAAAGUAAGGUGGAACUCCAAUAAAGAAAUUCUUCACAUGUAAACAGGCUGUGACUUGCUUUAGAUGGAGCAAUCUACAGAGCCGUUUGUGUGCCAUAUCUGUAUGGAGUUAGUUAUACCAGAUCCAUACCAGAGAGGGCAGCAGGAAGCACAUCCCACAGGGGUAGUAGCACAGGUUUCACCAAAAGUUAGGUGAUGCCUCCAAUAGAACCACAGAUGUAUUUUGAGGGGACCAAAGGUAAGCACUGUGAUAGUCUUAAUGGGAGUGGGCAGAUCAUAUGAAGGAUUGGUCACGAAAAAAUUUCUCAGGAACACAUAGAAUUUAACAUGAGAUAUUGUUAGCUAUGUAGAAGUGUUAUCUAGGUAACUCAGAUGCUUUAAGUAGACUCUCCUGAGUUAAGUAACCUGUCCAGGACUACUGAAGCUGGGACUUAUCAAUAGAGGGUGAACUAUAGGUCUGGUCUCUGGCUUCAGAAUCUGUCUUCAAGAGAACAAUCUAGUUUCCUAUCUCUAAGAUUCCUAUCAUCAGGUAGUGUCCAUGCCUCUAGGAAUACAAAAGAGUACUUUGUUUCUAACCCCCACCACUAGGUUUUGGUGGAUGGGGUGAGGACAGGGAGAGACAAAGUAUGUCUGCCAUUCAGUGCCAGUUGGGAAAGUCAUAAUCCCAUUUACUGUAUGUCCCCCUCUGCAUGUAACAUUGGCAAACAACUGUAUCCAUGGACUUAAAUAAAAGUCUUCAGCAAAUACUUGAGAUUCUUCUAUACAUGAUCCAUUGUCGGAAGCACUGUACAGGGACAGAAUGAAAGCAGUAAUACCUGGUAGUUAAAGAGAAAGAUGGCAUGCAAAACCCACUCUAGUAGAUGUGUGAACUGACCUCGGUAGGUGUUCAGAGGAAAGUGACGAUAGCCAACCAAGAGAGGAAUGGGUUUCAGAGACAUUGAAUUGUGUUUUGAGAGAGAAGUGGGAAAUAUUAUGUCCUGGUGAAGGACAAUAGCACACAUGUUAAGGUGUUCUCCAGAGUAACUUCUCUGGCAAGGCUGGUGUCGGCAGAAAUGAAGAGGAUGCAGAGUAGCGAUUCUUAGUGGUUGGAGCACAGAUUGGUCUUCUAUUUGUUCAAAAUGAGAGCAUCUCUGAUUUUUGCUAAAUAAUCAUAUUACCUGAGGUUUCCAUGUACCCUUGUGUCUAGAGCAGUCAGUAUGCCUAUGGCCAAAAGCCCUACCCCUUCCUUUACACAUGUCCCUACCCCUACUUGAACUCCAACUGUACCUAUUGCCCGCUCAUU